AUGAUUUUAUCCAGAUUGAAACGCUUUUCUAGAAGUUUAGACUUAGCUGUAAUUGGAGGAGGGCCUGGUGGAUAUGUGGCGGCAAUCAAAGCGGCGCAAGAGGGUCUAAAUGUGGCCUGCAUUGAACACCGGGGGUCACUGGGAGGUACUUGCUUGAAUGUGGGUUGUAUACCGUCAAAGCUGCUGAUUAAUACUGCUUAUAAUUAUCACUUCAUUAGCCACGGCUUGGCAGGCACUGGACUAUCUGUGUCUGGUGUGUCAUACAAAUUUGGUGAUAUCGUAGCCGCAAAGGAUAAAUGUGUAAAGUCUCUUAUACAAGGUAUAGAAUUUUUGUUCAAAAAGAAUAAGGUACAAUACAUCAAGGGCUGGGGUACCAUAAAAUCACCAACACAAAUUCAAGUAACUACCAGUGCUGGCACAGAUAUUUUGGAAGCUAAGAACAUAAUAAUCGCUACAGGAUCGAUUCCUUCCCCUUUCCCACCGUUGCCCUUCUCUGAUAAAGUAGUAUCUUCCGACCAAGUUUUAUCAUUGCCGACCUGUCCCAAGUCGAUGAUCAUAGUAGGCGCAGGGGCUAUCGGUCUAGAAAUGGCCAGUGUCUUUAAUUGGCUUGGUACAAAGGUUAAAGUGUUGGAGUUUUCUAAAAAAAUAUGUUCGGUUAUGGAUCACGAAAUAUCAGAUGCACUCAAAACAGCACUGGUUAAGCAAGGGAUUGAGAUACAUACAGACACCAAAGUAAAUGGUGGCACUGAAUCUUCCACUGGAGUUAAAGUUACUGCGGAUAAAAAUGGUGAAUAUGUCGAUCAUGAAGUUGAACUAGUAUUGGUCGCCACAGGGAGAAUCCCUUAUACUGAGAAUCUUGGUCUUGAAGCCAUAGGAGUCGAAACAAUUAGGGGAAAAGUACCUGUUACAUCAAAUUUGUCCCUAGAAAAGUAUCCAAAUAUAUAUGCAAUAGGGGACGUGAUAGAUGGGCCAAUGUUGGCACAUAAAGCUGAAGAUGACGGGGUAUUUGUCGUAGGUCAGAUUGUUGGUCGUGAUCUAGCACAUUUGGAUUAUAACACCGUACCUUCUGUCAUUUAUACUCAUCCAGAAGUUUCUGGUGUGGGCCAAACGGAGCAAUCAUUAAUUGAAUCUGGUAUAAAGUACACAAAAGGUGUAUUCCCGUUGGUAGCAAAUAGCAGAGCAAAAUUGGCAAAUGAGACUACGGGUUUUGUAAAGGUUCUGAGUGAUGAAGAAUCUGGAAAGAUUCUAGGGGCUUGGAUCUUUGGGACCCAGGCCAGUGAGCUAAUUGCCACUUUUGGACUGGCAAUUACCUAUGGUGCCUCAGCACAAGAUGUUUCCAGGGUUUGUUUCGCCCAUCCCACAGUAUCUGAGGCCAUUAAAGAGGCAUGUUUGGCGGCCCAUAGUAAGCCUAUCCACUUUUAA